AUGGAAGAAGGAGUCCCUUCAGUGUCUGUCAGUGGGGUUGCAUCACGCUUCGUUUCUCAGUCCGACGUCGAGGCUGCUAGGGCUAGAAGGGAGGAGCAGUGGAGAGCCGCAUACGCAAGACUCGGUCAAGAACCACCUCCGCAGCCCACGGAUGAUUCCUUCGAUGGCCGAAGCUUGGCUGAGAAAUUGGCAGCUAAUAAGGCGGCUAAGCAAGAAGAAUGGGAAGAGAAAAUGAAACUAGGCAACCAAUUUCGAGCCUUGGAAGAGGACGAAAUUGUGUUCCUUGACUCCAUACGGGAAAAACAGGCAGAGGAAGAGCGCCUUCGCAAAGCUCAGGAUGGAGCAGAAUUAUCAGAUUUUAGAAAAGCUGUGGCGGCCAGAGAAAGCGCGAUGAACAAACCUUCCCCCGUCAUCCCACCGUCUUCGAAGCCCGCAAAUAAUUCAACCGGAAAGGACAAGGACAAGUCUGCCAUUGGCCCACCCAAGAGAGACACGAAAAAAGCUCUGAAGGGAGUCGUUGUGAAGAAAAAGCCCAAGUCACCAGUCCUACCACAGCAAGAUCCUGUUAUCGCCAGAGACGAUCAACCAAAAAUGAAGCGUCGCAAGAUAUCAUAA